GUAUCGUCCACUCCGCGGCAUAAAUUACUUUCCCCUUCAUCCUUGUUAUCCCCUUCCCUGCCGUAAAUACCGACAGUUGAAGGAAGGAGCAGAAGAGCUGCAGAUUUAAGAAAUAGAAGGAAGCAGCGCACGAGUCCGAAGGGCUAAAAGGUUCCGCGCUUACACUUACCCCUUUCUUUGUCCCUAUUCAGUUCCAGGGACUCGCAUUUCUAUAUCUUCAUGUGUUUUGCAAAGCACGAAGCUGUUGCAUCUUCUUCUUCUUCUUCUUCUUCUUCUUCUUGUUGGGCAUGAAAAUAGUUCUGCCUUCAGUCCCUCCAUUUCUCCUGUUUCAUUGCCUGCUUUAUCUGCAGGAAUUCAUUUGAGAAGCUGAGAGCUGAAGAUGGAUUCGAGCAGGAAAAUGCUUAUUGCACUUAUUGUUGUUUGCACUUCACUGGGUGCAAUCAUACUUUCUUUAUGUUUUCUGUGGAUUCAUUACUGGAAGAAGAAGUCGCGGAAAUCUGGAAAAAAUGAUGCUAAGAACUCAGAAGUGGAGAAAGGGCAUUCGCCAGCAUCGUUUUUGGGUGAUUUCCGUUCCCUGAGAACAGUUUCUAAGAUGGGAUAUGCUUCAUUUAUGGAUUAUAAGAUACUUGAAAAGGCAACUAGCAAGUUUCAUGAUGGUAAUAUUUUGGGUGUGGGUGGAUUUGGGCGAGUCUACAAGGCUCAAUUGGAGGAUGGUUCGUGUGUUGCUGUCAAGAAGCUGGAUUGUGCAACCCAGGAUGCAGGGAAAGAAUUUGAGAAUGAAGUGGGUUUGUUAAGCAAGUUUCAGCAUCCAAAUAUAAUUUCCUUAGUGGGUUAUAGCAUUGAAAGUGAGACAGGAUUCAUUAUAUAUGAAUUGAUGGACAAUGGUUCUUUAGAAACUCAGUUGCAUGGACCUUCUAAUGGAUCAGAAUUGUCUUGGUAUCGGCGGAUGAAGAUAGCCCUUGAUACAGCAAGAGGAUUAGAAUAUCUACAUGAGCAUCACAAUCCACACAUCAUCCAUAGAGAUCUGAAAUCGUCUAAUAUUCUUUUGGAUUCCAAUUUCAAUGCAAAGCUUUCAGAUUUUGGUCUUGCAGUAAUUGAUGGGGCCCAAAAGAAGAAUGAUCUCAAGCUUUCAGGCACUGUUGGUUAUGUGGCACCAGAGUACCUUUUAGUUGGUAAAUUAACAGAUAAGAGUGAUGUGUAUGCUUUUGGUGUGGUGCUUUUGGAACUUCUAUUUGGAAGAAAGGCUGUAGAAAAGGAGGCAUCAGCUCCGUGUCAAUCUCUUGUCACAUGGGCAAUGCCUAAGCUUACCGACAGAUCCCUACUUCCAGAAAUCCUCGAUCCAGUGGUAAAAAAUACCAUGGAUUUGAAGCACUUAUACCAGGUUGCUGCAGUUGCUCUACUAUGCGUGCAACCAGAACCAAGCUACCGUCCAUUGAUAACCGAUGUUCUGCACUCUCUCAUCCCACUUGUUCCAGUAGAGCUUGGUGGAACACUAAGAGUCUGAGACAACCUUCAGUCUCCUAAAUCCUACGUUACAAUGUCAGCAUUGACAACAAAUCUCCACAUUAAAUUUCAAUUUCUGAUGCCACUGUAAGAUUUUAGCUGUUUCGUUGAUAAAAUUGAAGUGUCCUUUUCAUGUGCCUAACCUAAAUAUACAGAAGGAAAAAAAAAAAAAGGAAAAAAAAAGAAAAAAGAAAAAAUGAGAAGAAGAUAGAUCACACAUUGAGAUGAGGGUUGGUUGGACUGCUGUAGAAUGUAGAGGCUUCUGUCAUUAAUUUUUGGAAAAACAAUGGAACACGGAUUAUGCUUACAGAAGUCUCUUGAUUGCUGAAGAUACGCAACCUCAUUACAUUUAAAACAUGAAAGUUAUUAAGGUUAAUCGUCAAAUUAAGAUAUGACACGAGUUCAUGCCAAAACCCAAAGAUAUCUGUUGAAAGAAACUUCAAACUUUUAGCUUUUUCUCAACAAACAAACGGUAUGAGGAAAUAUUCAGCAUAGAUCAGCUGCAGUAAGAAAAAUAGAUUAGGAAUAUAAAACACGAAGGUUAGGAAUAAAGAACAAAUGGAAGGAAGAACUGAGAUGAAAUUUUAACUACUUGCCUUCCAAAUAAACAUAUAAAAUGAAGCGAUUGAUGUUUU